UCGACGGCCCCGCAUGAACAGUUUCGUUCGUGUGCUUCGUGUCGUCGGAUGUCCGUCGUCGUCGUCGUCGUUGUCCGUUUCGUUUCGUUUCUCGCGAGUCCGAUUCCGCCGCGUCGUAGUUUUUUUUCGCGCAAACGAUUUAAAUUUUUCGACUUAGUGGCGAAUGUGUUAGUGCCGUCAAUAUCGGAAAACCGAUUUCAGUGCAGGAAGUAUUAUAACAUUGACACUCGACAACUUUCGUGUGCGUCAUUUUUUUUGGAUUAUAUCCCGCUGACGGACAGACCGCCGGAACGUGGAAAUUUCGCCUAAAAGGAUCCGACUGAGCACUGCCAGCGCGUUUUAUUCAUGCGUGUGACCUAGUAGUGGAAGGGACUCUCGCGUAUGAUGUAAAAAACCAAGUGGACCGGACACGAAGAGUAUAUACACCCGUUCGGUAAAACCAUGUGUGGUCAGGGUAGAAACCGGCCUGGACCUGUGGCCAUGUUUACGUUACUGCUUGUACUCGUCAACGUCCAAGCCGGUUUCGGGUCAUCGUCGGAAACGGGCGGCGGUGGUGGAGAAGUCGACGAGGGGUCGUAUUUGCCGGGUGGCGACACUCUCAUGCACCCGGUGACGGCGUCCAGUCUGGACGCUCCCGUCCAACUUCCGAUAUUUCUCGAAGAGCCGAUGGACGCAUACGUGAUCAAAGGUAAACCAGCAGCGCUCACAUGCAGGGUUGCGCACGCGCUGACUGUGCACUUCCGGUGCAACGGCGACCGGAUCGAAGACUCUAUGGGUCCCGUAGUCACCGACUUCGUGGACCCGCAGACCGGCGUCCGGAACGUGGAGGCAAUCGUCAACGUCACCAGGAACCAUGUGGAGGAGUAUUUCGGAAAGCACAACUACCAGUGCCAGUGCGUGGCGUGGACUUCACGCGGCGAGAUCAUCAGCAGACCGGCCAACGUGGUCGUGGCUUACCUGAAGAAACCGUUCACGUCCGUACCGUAUUCGGUGAGUGUGGAAACGGACCGAAACGUUGAGCUCCGAUGCCUGCCACCGGACGGCGUCCCACCACCCCGGGUGUACUGGCUACGGAACAACGUGGCGAUCGAACCGGACAACAACAUGAUCGUGUCCAGCGAGGGAAACCUGUUGAUCGGCCAGGCCCGACUGCAGGACACGGCCAACUACACAUGCGUGGCCGAGAACGUGGCGGCCAAGAGGCUCAGUGACCCGGCGCUGCUCACAGUUUACGUGAACGGAGGCUGGUCGCCGUGGUCGCAGUGGUCCGAAUGCAGUUCCCGGUGCGGCAAAGGGCAACAGAAAAGGACCAGAGUGUGCAACAACCCGGUGCCGCUCAACGGGGGCAAACCCUGCCCCGGACCGGCGGUGAAUAAGGCCGAAUGCACUUCCAUCUGUCCGGACGGCGAAUACAGUGACACCGUGGCCGAAGAAGCAAUCGACGGUCAUUGGUCGGCGUGGUCAUCGUGGUCACCCUGCGGUCCGGAUUGCCGUCAUCAUCGGACCAGGUCUUGCACGUCGCCGAGCCCCUCAAACGGCGGGCGAUACUGCGUGGGUCGGGACGCUUUGACCGGAAACUGUUCAGGAGGAUCUUGUAUCGGUGGCAGAGAUGACCCUGUGAAUUAUGAUGAUGAGCAAUUCACCGAGGAAGCUGCUACCAAAUCGGUAGUGGAGACCGAUGUGGCGCUGUACGUGGCACUCAUAGCCGCCUCCGUGCUGCUGGCUGGCAUGGUCCUGUUGUUCCGGCUGUACAAGAACAAAGGCCGCGAUCACAGCAUGUACAACAUGGCCAACUCGGAUUUCCAACCGGAAUUCUUCCCGGACCAAGAGAAAAAGACUUACUCUCUGGAGUGCCAUUCGCGGAACGGCGGCUGCAACCAUUUCCAGCAGACGCAACCGGACCUGACCAGAACCGUGGUAGUGGUGCCGUCGUGCUACGAGUACCCGUUCACCAACGACCAGAAUGCGUAUAGCUUGACCAGGUCUUGUUCAGAACACCAUUAUGACGUGCCCCAUCACAAUGGUGGCGUCGGUGGCGGUGCCAGUUCGACGGUUACCACAGCCAUCAUGGCGCCGCCAGUCCCGUCCGUGGCCCCUGACAGUCCGAACGCGCUCACGUCUAGUCCCGAGUCCAGUCACAGCUUGACCAGCUACACUUGUUCGAGCAAGUCCCAGUCGGACUCUAGUGGCGUGGCGUGCCAUUGCAAGGACUAUUUGUGGAUGAAGGAGACUGCCGUGACGUCGACAGGUUGCCGUUUGGAGUGCAAAGAGUACGGGUUGUCGCUGACCAUUCCCGAAGGCGCCAUCGCUAAGUCGCAAAAAGAACCCGUACUGUUUGCCUUGUUACAGGACGAGUACAAGCCGAUACUCUCCGAUGGACAAACGCAGUUAAGUCCGGCGGUGAUGUGCGGCCCUAACGGGAAGAGCUUCAAGAAGCCAGUGAUCGUCGGAAUGCGACACUGCGCCAGUCUGAUGCAAGGGCCCUGGGUGAUUUCGGUGCUGAGUUGCGACAUGCCUCUAGGCGCUAAACCCAAAUGGAAGAAAAUUCUGACAUUGGGAGAGGAAACAAUCAACACAUCGGUGUUUGUGCAAAUGGACGCGGAACACGUGUAUUUGAUGAGCGAAACGCUGUCAAAGUUUGUGUUGGUUGGCGAACCAGACACGACGGUGGUCAGCAGUCCACCCGCGAAGACGCUUAAAGUGGCCCUGUUUGGAUCGCUGAACCGGAAGUUCAAAUACGACAUCCGGGUUCAUGUGGUCGACGACAACGGCGUGGCUUUAGAGAGGCUGAAACACCAAGAGCGCAGCGUCAGCGGAGGCGUGAUGCUGGACAAGUCCAAGUCGAUGUGCUUUCAAGAGGGUGGCGGCAACCUAGUGAUCACCAUGGACGAUAUUGGCACCAAUUGGAGGAGUAAACCCCAAGAUAACUACAAGGAGAUCCCGUUCCAGACCCUAUGGAACUCGGGUGGCCUGGCUGUGUUCUCGCUGGAACCGUACGAACAACAGUACCCGGACUCGUGGGUGAACGUUUCCUGUCGGGUGUGCGUGUCGCAGACGGCGGCCACCGGUUCGCUGCGAAACGUCAAGCACACGUUCAAGGUGAACCAGGACCCGAACAGCCUGUCGUCUGUCGGCCACCAACCUAGACAGCCGAGGACUGUGACCAGCACCACGGGCAGCGGAUCGAGCGUCACAUCGUGCGAUCCAACGCCAUUUCGAUUCGGUAAAGUCUUACGUAAGCAACUCUGUCAAUGUUUAGAUCCACCAAAUUCUAGGAGCAACGACUGGAGGAUGUUGGCCCAACGGCUCACCAUGGACAGGUACAUUAACUAUUUCGCGGUCAAGCCCAGUCCCACCGACCAGAUACUGGACCUGUGGGAGGCCAGGCACAGGGAACCCACGUCCGUCACGGACCUGUUGAACGUGCUCAGGCUGAUGGGCCGCACGGACGCCGCCUCCCUGCUGGAACGCGAACUCGGCCCGUGGCUGUGAGCGGCCUCGGGAGCGGCAGCGGGCUACGCUCGUCCCCGGCCGCCGACUCCGACGCCGCCGCCACCGCCACCAUUUGCAGUUCCUACGACGCAUAUUUUUUUAUAAGUCUCCACGCCGCGCGAUUUAGUAUUUUUUAUUUUAAUUAUUAUUUUAUGUUAUUAUGAAAGUUUUUUCUUCGAAAUUUUACGUGUACAUUUAUUCGUGUUUUUGUUUGGUCAUUAUAUUUUUCAGAUAAAUAUAAAAAAAAAAAAAAAAAAAUUGAUAAAUAAUAAUAGAAAUUAUUAUCAUCGACAAUCAAAAACUUAUUAAUAUUAUAUAUUAUAUUUAUGUACAAUAUGUAUAUAUAUAUUAUUGAAACGCGCGUUUUAUCGUUAUAUAUUAUUUUCUUCUCUCGGUUUGUUUUAGACAAAAUAGACAUCGUCGUACCUAUAUACAUCAUAUUUAAUAUAUAUAUACAAACUGCAAAAACUGUUGUUGACUCGUAUACUAUAGGUACAAUGUACAUACGUUGUCAAGAUACGCGUUAGGUUUUCAGUUAAUAUAUUCAUGUAUUUUUUUUUAACAAUAUUUUACAAUUUACAUACUAGGUAUAUAAUACCUAAAUACCUACACAUAUUAUUAUUAUUAUUAUUAUUUCGAAGAAAAUUUGAGUCCCGGAUAAAAGACUAUAUUAUUUUAGUGAUAGAUUAUCUGUGAUAAAACAUAAAUUGACGAUAAACUCCAUUAUAAACAAUUAUUAUUAUUGUUAUUAUACGAUGACCGUUAUAUUAUCAUUUCUGGCAAAUAAAAUAAAUCUUCAUAUCCGUUUGUAUAUAUUACGAUGAUAUACUACCUAUUAUGAUAUUAAUUAUUGUAUAACCUAGAGUUAUAUAUAUUACCUCUCCCUCCGUCAUCGGUUUAUUCUUUUCUAUUUCCUAUCGCUAUCGUAAUACGCGUUUUCGCAGCGCACUAACACAUAAACCUAUGUUAUACAUCUACAUAAUAUAUAAUAUACAAUAUUGUGUAAAUUAACUGAUUAUAUAUAUAUAUAUACCUGAAAAUGUAUAAAACAAAAAUGUGUAAAACUAAAUCUAUUUAAUAUUUAUAUAUAUAUUAUGUAAUAUAUGUAAUACUUAAACGUCUAGAUAUUAUAUAUAUAUAUAUAUUGUACACGCGCGGCCACUUGUGUUUACAUGUACACAGAAUAUUAUAUUAUACAUGCGAAACAAAGACUAUUAUAUUAUGAGUAUGUAUUUAAAAUAAUAAUAUAAUAUUAUCGCGUUGUAUAUUGUGUUUAUUAUUUAAUUUGUAAAUAAUUGUACCGAUUAUGUAUAUUUAAUAUUAUUAUUAUUAUUAUUAUUAUUACUGUAUAUUGUUGACGACUCACUAGUUUUCAUUUUAUAUUACUACCUAUUAUUAUUAUUAUUAUUUAUUUAUUCGAUUAUUAUUAUUAUUAUUAUUUAUUAUGAUUGUGCAACGUCGUGACCAACGGCGGUCGUCGUCAUAGUAUAUUACGAUGAAUUAGGUAGAUACAUCGAUUAUACCUGUAUAUAUAUAUAUAUAAUUAUGUGUUAAUAUAUAUAUAUGCGCGUGUGUGUAAGUAUGCCUACGAAAAUAAUAAUAUUAUAUUUUAAUGAAAACGUGUAAAAAAGAAAACCCGUAGUGUUAACGUGCUGAGCCAAUGAUUUAGUUGAUUUUUUUAUAUAUAUAUAUAUAUAUUGUGUAUAUCCAUUGGACUUUUGACAAGAAAUAAAUAAACUGAAUAUAUAUAAAUAAAAUGUUUUGUUAUAGUGGACAAUAACUUCA